AUUCAAAGAAUCGUUUCUUUCGUGCAGACACAAGAAAUCAACUCGGCACCAACGCGUCCUCGGCGUUCCUGAGAUGUGGCAUCGCGGAGCGAGUUCCUGUGUGAGCGACUCUGCAGUUGCAUGUUCGGGUGUAUGUACACCCGAGGACCCCUCGAUGUUUCCUCCCACAACUUCUCCGCCGCUCUUUCUGAACUGGAUGUUGUUGAGUAGGAGCGCGGAAUGAAGUUUUCCUUUCACCUGCCACGGCGGUGUUUUGUGUUGUGUGCACACGGUCGCGGGCAUUUCUGGUGUCUCCCGAACGCCUUCUUGUCCACUUCCUUGGCUCGGCCGGGAAGUGUACGUACACCGUAAUUCGCCGCCGACUGAUCUCCUCGCCUUUCCAGGUGUAUGUACACACCUCGGCCUCGCCGCGUCACGCUUUACGCGCCUCCAUCUCUUUCGCUAGCUCCUCCUUGCUCGCCCCUCGGCAAAGCCAUGAAGCCUCGCGAUGUGCGCUUCUCCUUCUCCCUCUUCACAUCCGCUCUCUCGCCUCCGCACGGUGCUCCUCCUCGUCUUUGUCAUCACUUUUGUCUGUGCUGAGCAGACAUGGAGACCGAAGCCAAAGGCGGAGAAACGCGCCCGGAAUUUCCAGCGAGCAUUCGAGGAGCGGGAGAAGGCCGCCGCGCGUGAAGCGAAGAGGCGUCUGCUGCUGCAGCGCGAGUGGUUCAGACAGCAAGAAGAAGAAGACCGGCAGCGAGAGGCCGAGCGGCUGGAGCUGACGAAACGAGAGGGACCUGCGAAGCCCCAACAUGCAGAUGCUCCCCAGGAGCUCCGAGGUACAGAUGCGCCUCAGGGGGCGUCGGGCGCAUCGACCGGGAGUCGGACAUUGACUGAACUUGUUCAGCAGGCGAUUUCGAGUUCUGGACAAGCUCUGAAACACCGGGAGAACUGGGUCGUGGUGGGCAGCACGCAGCGAAAGGCUCGACGGAGAGACCGCCUUCCGUACAGUCAGCGAGAGUUUGUGAAGCAAGUGUUCUCGCACUUGUCUGAGGAAGAUCUCGAGAAAGAAGUCACGAAGGCCGAGCGCGCCUGGAGAGGCGACAUGCUUCUCGAUGAACUCGAAGAAGAAAUUGGAGGCCCCGACGCCCUCGCUCCCGGAGGCGGCCCAGGCGGGUCCGUCCGGUAA